AUGCUAGAAUUUGCUCUUUUACAUUGGAAAUUGGUGAAGCUUAUGAUUCUUAAAUAAUUAAAUUACUUAAUAGUUGUAAUAGAGGUUGAUUUCCUCACAACCCAUCUUUUUAAAAAGAAUAUGUUGAUAUAUAUAUAAUUUAAAAUGAAUAGGUAUGAGCUUCAUCUGAUCCUUAUCAAUGGGGAUUAUGUAAGGAUUCCGAUAAUUCAAUUUGAUGAUCAUCAUUGCUAUUUCAAGUUUAACUAUGAGCUGAACACUAAUAUCAGUCAAAGGUAUUUUAAGCUCUACAACUUCAAAUUGUAGAGAAUGCAAUCAUACUUUUUGAGAAAACUUAAAUCUGAUUCUUUUAAAUUAUUCGCUGUGGUAUAAACACUUAGGAAUUAUUUCCAGAUUGUAUUAUUUGUUAAGAUUUUACGAUUAUAGAUUCUAGGUGAUUUAUAUGCAAUUUAAAUAACUACCAAUCCCUUUAGAUUUAUGGCAUAUUCUCUUAAUUGUCUACAAGUCAAAAUAUUUGAAUUUUAAUUAUUAUAUUUCAAUAUGAUAUUGGUUUUAGUUAUGCCUUUAUUUUAUUCUGGAGCAAAUGUCUGGAGUCAACUUCUAUUAUAUAUCAAUAAGAAUUGA